AUAACAUUUUAUCGAUUAUAUUCUUAACAGACGUAUACAAAUGUGUCACCAUUGCAAAUCAAUAGAAACUUUUAGACCAAUUCUCUACCUAUUCAUUUUGUUUUGUUGUAUACAAACAAAUUAUGCCGGCCGAAUUUCUUAGGAAUGAAAGUCUCAUUUGCUUUGUGCUUAUUGUUCGUGCUUCACAUCGCCAUUAAUCUCCAAUCCUGGCCACCACACCUCGUCACUAUCACUAUCCACUGUUUCUUGAUUCCUCCCAUCAUCACACAAUUAAAAAAACUCAUCUACUUUUCUACAAAUUCUCUCAUUUAAAAUGUACCCAAACUCCAUCCUCGACGAAACCCAGUUCCUAGAAUAUAAACCCAUUGAAGGGUAUGAUUAUGAACAGUUGAACAAUCAGUUUCCGGCGCCGGAAAUAGAGAACCAGCCAGUCGACGAAGAACUCCCUGCGUUAGAAGACGUAAACAACACCAUUAAUCAGUUUGAUGCGCAGCGAUUGUCAGUCCAGGUUCCAGAUCUCGAUAACCAUGAUCAGACACCGUUCUUGAUACCGGAAUUCGACCAAUUAACGAAGAGGAUUGCAAAUUCAAAGUUAAAGUCAAAAUCAGCGUACCCCGAUCUGAAUUCUCCGGCGUCUCAACAGCUCCUGAGUUGUUCCCGGAGCAAAUUUAAGCGUUUACCAGACGAAAUUGUACCGGAUUGUGCCGGGAAACUGUCGACGGUGGAAAUCAUCGAACUGGCAGCGGAGAAGUUUAUAAAAUUUUCAACUCAACAGGUCAAUGGAUACACCAUGUUCACUCAUCCGUACGGGUCGUCGGCGUUCUCGAGCUUAUCGAUAGACGAGACCAGGGAGGUGGAGCUUGUUUUCCAGCUUUUGAAGGCCGCCGAGAAUGUUGGCUGGAAGCAGUUUGAUGUUGCCAGCAAAUUCAUAACACGGUGUGGUUGGGUGGCUUGCCACAGCGGCUCUCCCGUUGAACGGCUGGUGUAUCACUUAUGUGAAGCACUGCAGAAAAGAAUCGGAAAAGAAAUCGGUAUACCCGUUGCUACCAAACUAGAAAAACAGGGUCUAAAGAAUGAAAAUCCUAUGGCAAUAGGAACGAAUAUGACAUUCUUGGCCGUUUAUCAAGCCCUUCCAUUCAAUCAAGUAUUGCAUUUCACAGGCAUACAAGCAAUCAUCGAUCAAGUUGGGACAUCAAAUCAAGUACAUUUGAUCGACAUCCAUAUUAGGAGCGGUGUACAAUGGACACUUAUGAUGCAAGCAUUGGCAAACCAAAGUUCACAAAUCCAGCUUUUGAAACUUACUGCCUUUGCAACAACCUCAGAUGUCCAAGAAGUCGCGGAAACUGGAAAAAGAUUGGAGAGUUUUGCAACAACUUUAAGUUUGCCAUUCUCUUUUAAAAUGUUGGUGCUAUCGGACAUCACCGAGGUGGAAAAAAACCAGUUUGAGGUCGAGGAUGGAGAAGUAAUAGCAGUCUAUUGUCAUAUGAUUCUAAGAACAAUGAUUUUGAAGCCCCAAAGAUUGGAAAAUAUGAUGAGAGCUAUCAAAACGAUCAACCCUUCGAUUGUAGUUAUAGCUGAGGUUGAAGCCAACCAUACGUCAACUUCUUUUGUUAAGCGGUUUACAGAGACGUUAUUCUUCUAUGGUGCUUAUUUUGAUUGCUUGGAAGCGUGUAUGAGUGGAGAUAAUGUUCAUAGAUCGGUGAUGGAAGGUGUUCAUUUUGCUGAUGGGAUACAAAACAUAGUGGCGUCCGAGGGUGAUGAGCGGAUGAGUAGGAGUGUGAAGAUGGAUACAUGGAAGUCAUUUUUUGCAAGGUUUGGGAUGGUGGAGAUUGAGUUAAGUGAUUCGUGUCUUUAUCAGGCACAACUUGUGUUGCAACGGUUUUCAUGUGCAAAUUAUUGCAUGCUUGAGAAUAAUGGCAAGUGUUUAAUUGUUGGGUGGAAAGGAACUCCAUUGCAUUCUCUUUCGACAUGGAAGUUCAUUUAGUAAUGAUGGAUUGUUGUAAUACUUUUGGUUUCCUAAGACUAUGACUAUUUUAGGGACAUUUAGAUGGUAGAACAAUGUUAAUAAGAUAAAAUUUGCAAUAUUUGAUUAUUUGUCCCCCGUAAAUAUUAAACAAG